AUGACUGUCCCUUGCAUGUUCAAGGGGGAGCAUACAAAGCUAAACCAUAUCUUAGUCCUCACUCCUCACAAGAAGUCAAACAUGUGGAACACUGAACUCUGGGUUGGUUUAGCUGGGGGUAUAGUUGGAAUAUUCAUUGCUUUUGGAGCAGUCGUCCUUGUAAUCAGAUUAAAGAACAAAAAGGAAAAGAAAGGGAUUGGGAAAGGAGGGGACUUGGAGCUUCAGCAUCUCAACCUCAGUGUAAGAACAACCUGCGACAAGAAGGUUUCUUUUGAGGGGUCUCCUGACAUUGUUAAAGGGAAAAUUAUCGACACCACACCACGUAAGAUGCUCCUGGAGACAUACACUAUUGAAGAGUUGAGGAAAGCAACUGAAGACUUCAACUCAACUAAUCAAAUUGAGGGACCUGUGUUUCAUGGUCGUCUCAAUGGGAAGAGCAUGGCAAUCAAGCGCACAAACUCAGACACACUGACAAAGAUAGAUUUUGGACUCUUCAAUGAAGCACUUCACCACCACCCCAACAUCCUUAAACUGAUCGGAAGGUGCUCAACUGAGGGUCCCGAAUCAUAUCUUGUCUUUGAAUUUGCAGAAAAUGGAUCUCUGAGAGACUGGCUUCACGGUGGGCUGGCCAUCAAGAACCAGUUCAUUUCUUCCUGCUAUUGUUUCCUUUCAUGGAGCCAGCGGCUAAGGAUCUGCCUUGAUGUGGCCAUGGGUUUGCAGUAUAUGCACCACGUGAUGAACCCAAGCUACGUGCAUAGAAAUGUGAAGAGCAGAAACAUAUUUUUAGACGAAGACUUUGGUGCCAAGGUAGGGAAUUUCGGGAUGGCAGGGUGUGUUGAGAAUGAAACUGAGGAUCCACUUUCGUAUUCUACCAAUCCCGCCUCUUGGAGCCUGGGCUAUUUGGCCCCUGAAUAUGUGCGCCAAGGUACGAUUUCCCCAAGCAUUGAUAUUUUUGCUUAUGGGGUGGUUUUGCUGGAAAUGCUAUCAGGUCAAACACCCAUAAGCAAGCACAAUAUGAAAGGAGAAGGAAGCAUUUGGCUCACAGAGAAAAUCAAGUCCCUUUUUAAGUCAGAGAAUGUGGAUGAACUAAGGGAGUGGAUGGACAGUACGUUGGGUGAGAAUUACUCAUUCGAUGCAGCUAUCACAGUGGCAAAACUUGCAAGAGCUUGUGUAGAGGAAGACCCCUCUCUGAGGCCUAGUGCAGGGGAAGUUGUUGGGAAGCUUUCAAAAUUGGUUGAGGAGUUACCAGAAGAGGAGCACUUGUUCUCUGAAAGCUCAACCAAACCUCUGGUCAAGGCACCUUUAAACAAUCAGUGAAAAGAGGUAUUAAAGAAGCAGAACAAGUAAUUCAUGGUUGUUAAUUGUGGAUCUUUGGUUUUAAAGUAAAACAGAGCAAACGAAGAUAGUUUCGGAGGGGAAAUAUGAUUUUCUGAUUGAUCCAAAAAAUCUCCAUGUAGAGAUCGCGAGUUAUUUGUACUUUGUA